AAGCUUUUGCCUCUAUUCACGAAUUUUAUUCCACGUAUGUCAUGGCGAGGCACCGCUAACUGUAGAGGGCGCCCAUUACAGGACUUCGACAACGAAUAAAGGCGUACCAUGCAUAGUGACUUGCUCCACUUAAUUUCCCAGCUCAAAUCUUCAUCCUGCCAGCGAUCAGUCGAAAGAACUCAAAGGAAAGAAAUGUUGGAGAUUAGUUGUUUUGGAUAGCAUUUCGUUGGAUGAUUCGCAAAUACCGCUAGCCUUACGAAUUAGAAAGUUGCCAAUACAUUGAGAUUCGUAAGACUCAUCAACGAUACGUAUUUGUAAGUCUAACUCAUUUGCGUGCAGCCCUGUAUCCGAAAUGCCUUUCUGCAGAGACCUGUUAUCCAGGAUCAGUCAAAGGAAACCGCUUGGCAGCGACAGGGAGCUCUUUGAGACGCCUUUGGAACGGUCCCUGAACGCCUUUCAGCUCUGCAUCAUGGGCAUGGGUGCUAUGUUUGGUUCCGGUCUCUACGUCCUCACCGGCGUCGAGGUGAAAGAGGUCACAGGACCCGCCAUCAUAAUAUCCUACGCAAUUGCUUCGGUUGCUGCCAUGCUCUCCGCGUUCUGCUACGUGGAGUUUGCUUGCAGAAUCCCGAGGACAGGGUCGGCGUACACUUUCGCUUACCUCUCCCUUGGAGAACUGUGGGCUUUUGUUAUAGGAUGGGACUUGAUUCUUGAGUACGUUAUCACCGCUGCGGCGGUGGCCUCUUCCAUCACAGGAUACGUGGACAGUUUGACCGGGUAUGUCUUCAGAAACUUCACCGUAAACGUCUUAAUGGAGGGUCAAACGUGGGAAGUUCCCUAUCUUGCACCUUAUCCUAAUAUAUUCGCUUGCGUUGCGGUUGUUCUAGUGGCUAUCAUAAUUAUAACUGGAGCGAAGAUAUCUUCAUGGGUUACAGCAGUUUGCAUGGCUAUCAAUAUUGGCGUCAUUGCCGUGAUAGUUGUAAUGGGUUUCACUCAAGCAGAUAUCAGUAACUGGGAGGACUAUGGUGGUUUUGUUCCAAAUGGAUCUUCCAGCAUUAUAGCAGGCGCAGCCACGCUCUUUUUUUCCUUUGUCGGGUUUGAUGCCAUAGCAAUGGCCAACGAAGAGGCGUUGAAUCCAAGGAAAAGUAUUCCAAUGGCUACACUCUUAGCUAUCGUGGUCACUGGCAUCUGCUACAUUCUUGCAUCAGCUGUCCUAACCCUCUUAGUGCCCUAUACAGAACUGGACGAACAAUCGGCAUUCGCCAGCGCCUUUCAGGCCCGUGGGAUAGAGUGGGCGAGGUGGCUUGUAGGUGUAGGUGCAAUUUGCGCCAUGUUUUCAGCCCUAUCCAUGAAUCUUUACUGCAUUCCCAGAACUUUAUACGCCAUUUCUUCGGACGGGCUGCUCUUCAGUUGUCUAAGCAUUGUCAACAGUCACACACAUGUCCCCGUGUAUGCCACUCUUCUUGCAAUGUUUCUUGCCAGCAUUCCUGCAACUUUCGUUCCUCUCGUAGAACUAGUGGAGUUUAUUUCAAUUGGAGUGUUAGUAGGUUAUGCCUUUGUAGCAGGUGCACUCAUCUUUCUCCGAUACGGACCAGAAGACCUGAGAGCAGGCGCCAUGGAUGGGGUGGAAAUGCCAUCCCUAGGACAAUUAGCUCUAACCAAUAACAACAGCGGACCAGUGAAUGAUAGCACCGCUCUCUUGGACACCACAUCCACACCCACUCCUGGAACUCUGAAGCAUCAGUUUCAUUCAACCCCUCUACUACGCGAGCUCCUACGAUUCGAGCCAGGGGUAGCUGUUAAGAUCAGUCUACUCUCCUCGAUUCUAUUUCUGUUUGGUAGCAUUGCCGUGAUAGAACAUGCUUCCCAGGAGAUUGCAAAAGGUGAAUGGUGGGCGGUUCUUUUACUCCUCCUUUUUGGUGUCUGUGCACUCGGGACUUUCCUCAUCAUCACGCUUCACUAUCAGAACGAAGAUACAAAACAGUACUACAGGGUUCCUCUGGUCCCUGUGUUGCCGUGGCUCAGUAUUGUAUGCAAUAUUGUACUCAUGCUCAAACUCAGGAAGGUCACUUGGCUUCGGUAUCUGGUCUGGCUGAUAGCUGGAUUGACCAUCUACGCGUCCUACGGCUACCGUCACAGCAAAGUUGGGAUGGCUCGGCAGCAAAAUCAAUCCUCGGGAGAGACUUAUACUGAUGAUGUUCCUGCAGACAAUAGCGCCACCUAUGGUAGUACUGAGCAGAAUGACGAGCGCUGACGGACACCACUAAUAGGAUCCAUCAAUUUCGGGAAUCCCCUUUAGACCCGCACCUAAAAUGACGUACAAUGUAAUGGUUGGAAUAAAUAUUCAUAUGAAAUCAACGGUGCAUAUCUGAACAUUUUCUUUUCAUAUGGGUAUAGAGAGGGAUUACUCCUGGAUCUGUUGAGUGCCAUGGGAGAUCAGUAAUUUGUCAAUGCUGGAUUUUAUGGGAACUUAAUUAGUUGCCCAAGAAACCCUGUGAGCACUGUGACUGCAACCAGGUUUGUACGUAGUCUAGGUUUUUAUGUAUUUAUUUAUUUUAUUUCCAGGCAAAAGACAACAAGAAUAUAUACAAGAGGAAUAAAUUACCACCGACUAGUGGUUGAGGAUGACUAAAAAAAAACUAGUUUCUGUUAUGAAGCUGUCCCUCACUAGUCAGGUUUUACAAAAUACAAAAAUGAAAUCGCGCCCCUGUGUCACAAAAUAAAAUGCUGAAAAACACCGUUUCAUAUAUUCAGCGUUUGAGGGAUAUUGGAUGAACUACCAAAUGAAGGUGUGGAUGAUGUCAUUAUUAAGACUUAUUUUUUGGAGAUUUUUUUCUUCCAAAUCUCAUUUUUAACACAUGAGUCAGUGGGGAAAUAGUUAGUGGUGUG